GGUGCUCAGGGUCAUGAAAUAACUUACUCGUGGCGUCUAUAGGCCGGUCUGUCUUAAAAAACUGCCCAUACUCGAAAGGCUCGCUUCCCAGCACGCCCCAAUUCAAUUCGCUUCAAUCCCCACUGUUUCUGCAGCAAAAGCAAUAAAUCUCUCCUGUACUCUACCUUCGUCCAGAUGCAGGAUAAUGAAAACCCACAUGAUCUCCUUUACGAUGCAAUUCAAUACCCAUCACGCCCCAAUUCAAUUCGCUUCCCCACUGUUUCUGCAGCAAAAGCAAUAAUAAUCUCUCCUUUACUCUGCCUUCCAAAUGCAGGAUAAUGAAAACCCACAUGAUCUCCUUUACGAUGUAAUUCAAUACAAUCGCAUACAAUGUUCCUUCAGUAUACUUAUGUACGCAUUUAUACCGAUAUGGGAUCCGAGGCAUUCUUCUCCCCUUCUCUCCGACUUGAGGUUCUUAAAUCUGACGAAAAGCCGGUGACUUUAUUGUGCUUCCUUUUUUCUCGAAGGAAAUUUGUGAUGGGUUGAGCUAUUUGAGAAGAUUUUUUGAAGGGUGUGAAUGUGCUCAAAUCUGAAGUGGGAUUUUCGUGUUGUGAUCAUGAAGGGUUUUGUGUUCUGGGUUUUGUUCUUCGUGUUUGGGACAGCCAUGGUGUUUCUUAGUUUCUCCACUGAAGCAAGCACCUCUUCGGUUCCUGAUAUGGCUUUAACUAGCUACAGGGAUGGAAUGGCAGUGAUGGCAAGAAACAGGAAGCUGAAGAAGAAUGGUUAUGCUUCAAGGACUAAAAGUGAUGUGGGCGGUGUGAAUCUGGAGGACUACCACCCUAUCGAUCCAGUUCCUAGUUCAAAGGCUACCAUAAGGCCUGGACCUAUCCAACAUGGCACUCCACUUAUGCCUUACAUCCCAAAGCCUUCACCUCCUGGUCACCCCAAGCGCGGUGGGCUUCCUUAACCUGCAUGAGAAUCUUUCUCUAUGUGAUUUUAUGUGCUUGAAAAGUGGAAGAUGUAAUAACUUAUUAGAUGGACUCGAUGUUCGAACCAUGCUAAAUAUCGUAUCAUGCUACAAUGCCAACUGAUACCUACUUGAGGUGUGUACUUGUUUGGUUUGUAAGCAAUUCUUCUUGUUUAUGUUGAUUUCUUUAUUUGUCA